GGAAAACGAAAAAGCUGUCUUCCUCGUAGCGUGUCUGUAAAUUUUCCUGCUCAGAUGAACUUUGGGUUACCGAGUAUCUCCUGGUUUAACAACACCUACUCUAAGAAAGAUGUAACCAUGGUAGAAACCGUGACUUCCACGACUUCUCUCCUUGAACAACAAGACCAAGAGAAAAGCUUAUUUGACAUAAAGAUAUGGACUUUCUCCCUUGGUUCUGUGUUUCCUUGGGCUGCUGCAUCUUCACGUGAUGGGAAGCAGAAACCCACUACUAUCAACAGAGGGUUGAAAAAGCACGCCGUGUCUCGCAGGUCUUCGAGAGUUAAUACUGUGAGUACUGUGUAUCGGUUUAGACCCUAUGUGUCGAAGGUUCCAUGGCACACAGGACCUAGAGCGUUUCUUUCGCAGCUUUUCCCGAGGUACGGGCAUUACUGUGGACCUAACUGGUCUAGUGGGAAAGAUGGGGGUUCACCGAUAUGGGAUCAGAGACCUAUUGAUUGGUUAGACCAUUGCUGUUAUUGCCAUGAUAUUGGUUAUGAUACUCAUGACCAGGCUGAGUUGCUUAAAGCUGAUGUGGCGUUUCUUGAGUGUUUGGAGUCGAAUAAGCGCGUUGUUACUAGGGGUGAUGCUCAAGUUGCUCACUUUUAUAAGACAAUGUGCAUAACAGGUCUUAAAAACAUACUGAUACCUUACAGAAGCUACCUCGUGAGGUUACAAUACGGGCAGAAUCUACUCGACUUUGGCUGGCUAGUGAACAGCAUUAGCAAGAGAAGCUGGAAUUUCCAGAAGAAUUGAGAGACAUAAGGAAAGCAAAUCGGAGUUAGUCUAUAUAGUCCAUGUAAGCCUUUCCGGUUUCUAGUUCACGUUUUGUACAUGGAAGUAAACUGAGGAUUAGGUUCUGUAAUAUAACAUAAAAUACAUUUGAUAUGAAAAUGUGGAAACAUUAGUAAGUGGUGUGCGUGUGUUAAACCCUUUUGUACAUUUUUAGUAAUAUAAUGAUCCGUAUCAGUAUGUUUGAAUCCAAUAGUUCUAUCAAUGGAG